CAUUACCACUCAGGUGGACGUUUUGCAUAAAGGCGAAGAAGUGACUGGAUGUGACGCAUUAACCACAGGGGAGUAAAAGCUGACAAACAAUACAGAGGGGCUGUCUUUUACCAAGCAAGUACAGGGCUGUGGCUUACAUACCACCAUCUUCCUGAAGGAUUAAGACUGGACUGAGUUACUAUAAUGGCUAAUACUACAAUCACCGUCCAGCCAGGGGUGAUGUUGCCGGCUUAUGCCAAAACUAGCACAUGGAGCACUGGCUUGUGUGACUGCUGCGACGACAUGAGCGUCUGCUGUUUUGGUUUCUGGUGCCCCUGGUGUUUGAUGUGUACUACCAGCCAAGAGUUUGGAGAAUGCCUUUGUCUCCCUCUGCUGGAUCUGUGCUUCGGGGCCCUCAUACCACCCGCUGGUUAUUCUGUGAGAAGUGCCAUGAGAGAGAGAUACCGCAUCCAGGGCACAAUGUGUGAUGACUGUUGCGUGGUGACCUGCUGUGGAAUCUGCUCAUGGUGUCAGAUGGCCAGAGAGCUGAAGCUCCGCAGACAGCCCCAGGUGUUUGUGAACCCGCCGGUGAACGUGACCUACCAAGCACCAGCGAACGCGCCGAUGGUGAAUCCGUCCUACCAGCAGCCUGCUGUGAAUCCGGGCUACCAGCCACUGCAGCCUAAUAACCCUCCUAUGUACGCCCAGCCUUCCAAGUCAACUGACCCUCAUGGUGCAGGACUGUAUCCGGCUGUAUAAGCUACAUAUAAUCUACAGAAUUCUAUAAAAAGUGUAUUUUAUGUAGAAUCUCUUUUCCUGCAUUUUUAUAGUUUCGAUUGCAGUUCGUUAUGUAUGUUUGAAAGAAUAUAUCAACAAGUAUACAAAGUCUAUUUUUGUGUUAAAACUGUUCCUUUUUUCUUUGGAGGCAUCAUUAAAACAUAAUACUUCACAAUAUUAA